UUGUUCCUUCUCUCCUCAGCCGUGGUGUCGGGACAGUGGACUGCGGACAAUCCACCACAUGUGACAGCGCAGAAUGGUUUGUGUGCACGGAUCCCGUGUCACUACAGCCACCCGUCGACUCUGAACGAUAAACCGCGGUUUGGAAUCUGGUUUAACAGCGAGACUCUGGACUUCACAUCUGUAGCCUUUUUCUCCCAGACUCACAUCACACCAAAGUUUCAGCAUCGGACCCGGCUGUCAGGAGUCCUGAGAGACAACGACUGUUCCCUGGUUAUAGACAACGUCACUCAGGAAGAUACAGGUCCUUAUUUUUUCAGGGUCGAAUUCCUCGACGGCCAAAAUUAUUUCAACUACCAGCCUCCAACACAGCUCCAUGUUACUGAUUUCACAGAUAAACCCACGAUAUUACCUGCUGAAAUGGUGGCAGGUCAGCCUGUGAACGUGACCUGCUCCUUCAACACCACGUGUGAUGGAACAGCCCCCACCUUAACCUGGGUCACCCCUGAUGAGCCACCGUCAGCCUCACGCAGCGUAACUCAGCGGGGAGACACUCUGACAUAUACUUCUGUUCUGUACGUGACCCCAGCACUCAAACAUCACGGGCAAAACCUCACCUGCAUAGUCACAUACCCCACAGUCUCAUCCGAGCAGAUCCACACAAUGGCUGUUCAAUAUGCUCCACGGAAUCAAUCAAUCACUUCCCCCGACAACGUGAAUAAUUCCGGAGUCACUGUAAAGGAAGGAAACUCUGUAGAGUUCCUCUGCUCCGUUCAGAGUUUCCCAGCAUCUAACCUGACGUGGAUACAUCUCGGUGCCACAAUGAACACAACAGGAUCCAGCAACGAGCUGUGGUUGAAAAUCCUUCAGGUGACUCGGCUGGACGCUGGGGACUAUCAGUGUGUGGCGGAGAAUGAGCACGGGACAGGGAAGGGGAAUGUAACCCUCAUUGUAGAAUGUGAGUAGACACAUGUCACGUCUCUGUGAACAUAAAUGAGAUGUCAGUGGAAUAUAUCGUGUUUUACCGGGAUAUUAUGGUAUAUCUGCCUCUCUCCCACACACUCUCUCCUCUUGUAAGAUGAAGAUUAGAUAAGGUUAGACACAAAAAGCUGGAGUAACUCAGCGGGACAGGCAGCAUCUCUGGAGAGAAGGAAGGGGUGACGUGUCCAGUCGAGACCCCUCUUCAGACCGAGUCAGGGGAGAGGGGGAUACAGAGAUAAGGAAGUGCAAGGUGUGAAAAGGAGACAGAAAAAAUGUCGAAUUGUUAGCUGGGAGAAGUUGACAACAAGUCAAAGAUAAAAUAUAAUAGUAAGAUUAAACGAGAACUUACCAGUUUGAAGUUUGAUCUUUAUUUUAUGAGGAGGAAUGUUGAGGGAAUACGUGAAAGAAGCCCGCUACGAC